AUUUCCCAGUACCGUACUUCAACAUCCGCAUGUACGGGUUCUCUUAGAGGCUGGUUCACGGGUUGAAGGUCCUUUCACUCCGACAUCUUGACGGUGGGACAUCAUGCCUCCUAAGGACGCCAAAGGGAAGGGGAAGGAUUCCGGGAAGUCCAAAAAGGACAAGGAUCCAGCCAACAAAUCUGGAGGCAAAGCCAAAAAGAAGAAGUGGUCCAAGGGAAAGGUGAGAGAUAAGCUCAACAACCUGGUCCUCUUCGACAAGGCCACCUACGAAAAAUUGAACAAGGAAGUGCCCAACUACAAGCUCAUCACACCAGCAGUUGUGUCUGAGAGGCUAAAGAUCAGAGGCUCUCUGGCCAGGGCUGCCCUCCAGGAACUGCUCAGCAAAGGCAUGAUCAAGUUGGUGUCGAAACACAGAUCGCAGGUGAUCUACACACGUAACACCAAGGGUCCUGAGGAGGAGGGUGGCGUUGUGGUUCCGGACAAGCCUGAGAAGCCAGAGAAGCCUGAGAAGGCAGCAAAGGCAGCAAAGGCAGAGAAGGAAGAGAAAGCAUAAACCGGUAUGUGUUAUGCUAGUAGGCCUGAUGGAACUAGCCUACGUUCUAUUAAAAAGAACUGAAGAUUCCUCACUGCAAUUCACUGUUGCUGAUAUUACCUGAUGUUAACAGGCCAGGUUGGAGGACUACUGCUAUGAAUCACAUCUAAAACCAUCUUGUCUUCUUCAGGUUGUGCUGUUGUGAUUCCUGCAUUCAGAUGUGUGAUGUAAGGUGAAUAAAAUUCUGAAAAGAUA